GAGAGAGAAAGAAAGAAAGAAGAAAAGAAAGAAAGAAAGAAAGAAAGAAAGAAAGAAAGAAGGAAAGAAAGAGAGUAAAAGAAGAACAUUAUCAUUUGGACAAUCAUUGUCUUUCUCCUUCCUUUAAUAUCGUUUAUCGAUUUUCUUCGGCAAAACGAAAAUUUUCCAUUAUUUUCAAACGGCCCUGCUGUUCCUGCUGUUAUUACUGACCAUUGCUGUGAUUCGAUGCAAGUUGGCAAACCAACGUGGAAAAGUAGUCAGAACUGUACAGCUGUCAGACGAGACUACUCUCGAGUUCUCUAUUCGUCUCUGUCUUUCUUGCUUGUUCGAUUCUCUCCCUUCCCGCCCCCCCCGCCCCUCGCACCCUUCCUCCCACCCUUCCUCUCCUCACCCCACUUCGGGUUCACCAUCUCACUCUCUCUCUCUCUCUCUCUCUUUCUCUUUUUUACUCCCAUACCAUAGGAUGGUGCUCGUACGUAGCUCGUAAACCUCAGACGCCGUGGUUACGUUUAGUUUAGACUCGCUUAUACCGUAAGGACGGCCUUACACACGGUUUUCGCGAGGUGCAUCGUGCGCAGACCAGUUGCUCUUUCUCUUUCUUUUUUUUACGUAUAUAUAUAUAUAUAUAUACACACACCUACACGUUUUUGUGAGUGCAAGAAAACAGAGAAAGAGCGAGAGGGAGAGAGAGAGAGAGAGAGAGAGAGACAGAGACAGAGAAAAAGAGAGAGAAGGUGCAUUUGUACGAUCAUUUAUUAAGUGAGAAUCGAUUCAAGCGCAAGAUGGAUAACGUGUCCCGUGGAAACGGGUUUAAGCGUGAAAGUAAUCGAGGAAGCAGUUGAAGAGAAAGAAAGAGAGGGAAGGUAGAUGUUAGACGGGUAACAGCAACAGCAGCAGCGUGUUGAGACCCGUGCGAGUAAUGGCCCUACAUCUGAGGGGUAGCAAGGAUGUCAAGAAGAGCUCGUACUACGUUUGGUAUCUUGGUGCGAGGGAGGCCAAGGGUGUGGACGCGAUGCCUGGUGCCAUAGCUUACCUGCUCGAACGAGAACGACUUCAAGAACCUUUCAAGGUCACUUUACAGGUGAGCAGUAAAGGCCUGAAGAUCAUUCAAACUGUUCAUCCUGGUGGUUCUACUAGAUCAGCUGUGAAACAUUUGGUACCAGGUCAUGCUGUAUUGGCUGCUGUUCAACGAGAAGACAUCGUAGCAGCUACUUUGCUCUUACCAAAUCCUGCCACCAACAAUCCAGUUCAUGUUCAUGCAUAUAGAUGCGACUCGGUCGAGACAGCUGAAUUGUUGGGUGGACAACUGAAGGCAUUGGCGUCGCAAACAGAUAAUUUAGCAAGAGUAUCCUCUGGUGAAGGUAGAAUCCGAAGUAAUUUGGGUAGCGAUGGGCGAAGUACAAGAGAAUCCGAAUCAUCUGAAGGUAGUGGAGAAUUGAAACAUGAUCCCAUCCAAACUACAACGAUAUACGAAUCAUUGGCAGCCGAAUUAAGAGCGAAAUUAGGUCGUGGAAAUUCAGGAGACAACGACGUUGGACCUAUAUUGUUACCACCACGUGACUAUGACACAGUUCACAGGCAUCGUGGUAACUUAGCUGGUAUCGAAUUUAGGCGUUGCUUAAAUCAAACCAUAGUGGGUGGUAGUACAACUGUUGAUCGAGGUGGUACAAGGAGUGCAGCUAGCAGUGGAAUUGGAUCGGAUAGUGCGGCUACUCCUCCACCGUAUCAAUCUCAUCAUCCUUUAGGUCCAAGACCUUCGAGACCUUCGAGAGAUUCCUCUUCUGAUGACGAUUGGGGGGCUGGUACAGAGGAAAGUCAUUAUUUCCCAGACGUGGAGACUACUGGUUCGAGUUUGACAUUACCAAGGCUACCUAGAAGUCCAGAAAGACAUCCAAUUCAGCAACAACCAACGAGAGGUAUAUCGCCUGGUUGUAAUAGAAAUCGUAGGGCACCAGAAUUGAGACAAAGAUCACCGAGUCCUCAGUAUCAGCCAAAAGUAAAUCCUGGAGAAGUGACAAGUCCAAGAGAGAGGUUCCAAGAUGCUAAAGAAAUGUUCAGGGCCAUGGAGAGGGAAGCUAUCGGUAGACCAGUCCUCUCCAGGCAGAGAGAGUCAGAUGGUCAUCAUCAUGUUCAUAGGGUGGAAUCAUCUAGACAAAUUCACGAGGAUCGUUCUAUUCGUUCACAUCAAACCAACGUGAAUUCUUCGCCUGCUCACGAUCAUCAACAAAUCAGACGAAGUCAUACCGAGCUUGAUCGAGAGAAUGAACUUGCUUAUCGAGCGAGACCAAGACCUAGAACUCAUCAUUAUGGAAUAGAUCAACCAUCUGAAUCGGAAACUACGACUAGGCCACGGCCGAGAAGCUUUUAUGAAAAUCCAGUUGUUGGGAGAGAGUUUCGUGAACAGAGGAAUCCUAUCGAUCCUCGAGAAUCACGAGACUUUCGAGACCGAGCAUACACACGAGAAUUACGUGAAAAAGUUCGUGCAAGGGCAACGACUUAUCAGGAAUUAUCAGAACACGAGAGAUAUCCUGGACUCGAUCGUGAAAGUGCCAGACCACCGUUAGAAAUUGUCCCGACACCCGGUAGAUAUCGUCACAGCUAUGCAGAACCACCCAGACUUGGAUUAGCUGCGUUACAUCCUUACUGACGAAGUCAAUUAACAUUAAUGAUCGUUAAUUAACGAUGUCUUUCUUUUUUUUCUACUUUAUCGAUCGAUCGAUCGAGUUAGCAAUCGUUGAAGAUUUUUUAUUUUUUUUUUUUUUUGAUUGUUCCUUCAAAAGAUAAAAAUAUUUUCACAUCCGUUCUGAUCUGUAAACAAAUGAAAAAUUCUUGUUAAUCGUUAUGUUCAUUCGAAAUAACGAAUAGGAUCUUAUAUUAAUAUAGGAUUUUAAAUUUGAAAGAUCGAAUUAAAAUAUUUUUAUGACGAUCAAACGUCAUUCUCGUUAUAAUAAAUGAGGAAGCUCUUGUUAAUGAGAGAGAGAAAGAGAGAGAGAGAGAGAGAGGGAUCAUUGUUGAUAAUUAACGUGAACUACAGAUUACGUAUUAUAUUGUUAUGCGCCAGAUGCCAGACUAACGAUAAUAAUAAUAAUAACAACAAAUUGUAAUAACGACAAUAACAGUAACAAUAAUAAUUUUAAUAA